AUGAUGGCUUCGGCACUGCUGCUGGUCCUGCUCGUGCUGGGGGCCAGGGCCCAGCACAGUUCGGAGUGGACCUACUCAGAGGGGGCACUGGACGAAGAGCACUGGCCAAGGGAGCACCCCACCUGUGGGGGGACGAGACAGUCACCCAUCGACUUGCAGAGGAGAAAGGUUCAGUACAACCCCUCCCUGAAGGCUCUGAAACUGUCAGGCUACGAGGUCCAGGCAGGCGAGUUCCCCAUGGUCAACAACGGCCGCACAGUGCAGAUCAGCCUGCCCCCGAACAUGCGCAUGACGGCCAGCGACGGCACCCGGUACAUAGCGGAGCAGAUGCACUUCCACUGGGGUGGCGCGUCCUCCGAGAUCAGCGGCUCCGAGCAUACCAUCGACGGGAUCAGAUUUGUGGCUGAGAUUCACAUUGUUCACUACAAUUCUAAAUACAAGAGCUACAACAUAGCCCAGAGGGAACCAGAUGGUUUGGCUGUGCUGGCAGCCCUCCUCAAGGUCUCGGAUUAUGGUGGAAACACUUACUACAGCAACUUCAUUGCUCACUUGAACAACAUCCGGUAUCCAGGACAAAGCACGGUUCUGAGUGGCCUUGACAUUCUGGACAUGCUCCCCGUGAACAUCCACCACUACUACAGCUAUAGGGGGUCACUCACCACUCCUCCCUGUACCGAGAACGUCCACUGGUUUGUGCUGGUCCAUCAUGUCCCGCUCUCCAGCGCACAGAUUUGGAAGCUAGAGAAUUCCAUAGUGGAUCACCAGAACAAGACCCUCCAAAACAACUACCGGAGGACCCAGCCCCUGAACAACAGAGUGGUGGCAACCAACCUCAUCAAUCUCCCUAGCCGGGGUCCUGAGUUCCAGCUUUAUGUAAACAAGCUCAACGAUAAGCUGGAAUACUUGAGAAGACUUACUGACAAGAAAAACACGAAAGAAAAACGCUACAGGCAGCAAGCUUGA